UGGAUUGGUCUCAUUUUAGGUUUCGAUUUGAUUUAUUAGUGAAAAAUAAAAUAAAAAAGGUCAUAACUGUGUCGUCUAAAUAUCAAAGCUUCAGUCUUCAAUCAAAUCCAUUUUUCUGCAGCACGCUCUAGCAUAUUCAUAGUUUCUCUAUCUACAGCCUCGUUUCAAUCACCCUCGACAUGGCCUCCAGUAGCCAGAAUGGAAUUCAACUCUUGCUAGCUGCAGAACAAGAGGCUCAGCACAUUGUCAAUGCUGCUAGAACCGCAAAACAAGCCAGACUUAAACAGGCAAAAGAGGAGGCCGAGAAGGAAAUUGCUGAAUUCCGUGCUCAAAUGGAAGCUGAAUAUCAAAGUAAGGUGGCCGAGAGCAGUGGAGACUCGGGUGCUAAUGUGAAGCGCCUUGAAGCAGAAACGGAUGGAAAGAUCCACCACCUGAAGGAAGAAGCUUCCAGAAUCUCCCCUGAUGUUGUCUCCAUGCUUCUGAGGCAAGUGACUACAGUAAAGAACUAGGUCUUGGUUGAGCUGCGACUGCGCUUUCUCGUACUUACCCUGAUACCUUGGAAUAUAUGUUGGUUCGACUUGUCAUUUGCUGUUGUUUUAUUUGGUGUUCCUCAAUUUGAUUCCUUGUUAUCGAAUAAAGCCGUGACAGUUUGUGCAUAUUUUGUUGUUGAGAAUCAACUCUGUAACUCAACUUCAAAAUUUGUGUACUUGACUUACUUUCCCUUGAUGUAUGCUAAAUUAUUAUGAGUAAAUAGAUAUUUGAAAUUUUUGGGUUUUA